AUGUCUUUUUUCAGUCGGAGCGCGCCGACGCGCGGGGGCGAUAAUUUGGCGAGUUAUUUGCCCGACGAUCUGUUCGAGGAGUCGCCGAGCAUCGAGCGGGUGAUGACGAAUGCGCCGAAUACGGAGAUCACGUUCGCGGAUCUGGAGGUCGUGCGAGAGUGCGCCGGGUCGCCAGGGCCGCUCAAGCGUUUCGUUCCCGAGGCUUCCUCUCAGGCUGAGAUAUUGAUACAGACGCCGAUGGCACAGAUACAUCCCGGGGGAUUCGCGGGUGCGCUCAAGCGCGGGCUCGGGGAUUCGCCGUCGUACACGCUAUCGCCGCAGUCGUCGCUUAAACCUCCGAGUUUCGGGAGCGAUAAGCUCGGGACGAGCUUCGGCGCGGACAAGGUGUCCCCUCCCAUGACCGAAGCAUCGCCGCCCGUGGCCGUGUACUCCUACGCCACGAGCGCCGGUACGAGCGCUCAUCGUUUAUCGAGCGGUUUUGGGUCUGGGAAACCGCCUCGCGCGGGAUUCAAACCUGGUUCACUCCAGCAUUCAAAAUCGAGCUUCGGGGACAGGGCGACUCGUACUUCGAUGAACGGUACCCAACCCACCUCGACCGUCAAGUUCACCGGCGCCGCGUUCCGAUCGGCUCGGGACGAGUACCUUGAAAAGGUGCUCACAUUUUUAACGAACGAGCACGGGGAAGAGUGGGUGCCCAUUAAGAGUAAGUCUGGCGUCAGCGGGCGUUGCCGCAAACCGGUGACGAUGCCAGAGACGUAUCUCGAAUUUUUCGACACACACCGCGACAAAUUCGAAAUCUGCAGUGAGAAAAAGAAAGUUCGAUUGCGCGAGCGCGUGCUCAGCGACAGUGGUGAGAGCGAUGGCACGGCAGUGGACAGCCUGAGUGAUGGUCUCAAGCGCCUCUAA